AGAAACUAACUUGAGCUGUAAACUUUCACCUAAAGCACAGUUUAAAAAAUUAAAAAUACCACUUUUAUGUACGACUUUAAAAAAUUACUACUUACCCCAGACUAUGACCCCCAGACACCCUUCUAACACAGAACUAAAGCCAUUUCCGAAAUUCGCCUUUCAGCCAAAGAUUAGACAGGCCUAUAAAACAAACAAUAACACACGUGAGGAGCGUGAGGAGCGUGCUUCUUAGUUCAGUCAAGUAUAGGAGACCAAAUGGACAAUAACUGGCCAAAACAAAGACGAGAAGGCGGGAAGGGACAGGAAAACUGGACAAAUGGACCCGGGAACCGCGGUGUGGAAGGAAAGGGGCAGAGAGCUGACAAUUAGGGGGAUUGCAACCAAUGUCAUGAAACAAUUUGUGUAUAAAUUUUUGAAUAAGAAAUUAAUUUGCUCUGUAAACUGUCACCUAAAGCACAAUAAAAUAAUAAUAAUAAAAUAUCUAUUUAGACUCUUGGCUUUAAGGCCAUAGCUCUUUUCGCAUGGUAACAUGCUUUCAGCAAUCCCCAGCAGGUGGACUCAGCCGGCCCUCUCAGGCAGUCGUGCCUCCAACCAAUAAGGGGGAGAAUUCGUUCUUUCGGGAAGGGACUGCGUUUACUGGCUUCAGCCAAACCGCCGUUGAGCGCCCUUAGAACAAGCUGGGGGAAGCUGGAACUUUCUCCUCCUUUCUCAAGGUUCUGCAGCUCCGAGUCAGAGGCGGGUAAGGCCUGCGUACCGCCCCGCACCCGCCUCACACGGCCGGAUCCUCCCCUGGCCCGCGGCGCCUCCAGCAGAGUCUGCCAGGGCGGGCCUGGUGGCUCUCGGCUCGCCGAGAAGGCGCGGGAACGUUCGCGGCGGCCUGGGCAGGAGGCGGGUCCCGGGCUACAACAGAAUAUAAAGCUGCUGGAAGCGGAGCCGAGCAGAUCUAAGCUAAGCGGGCGGGAAAAGAACCGCGAGGAGAGCAGCACUGCUGAGCCGCACCGACUCCCGCAGCCUUGCGCAUCUGACUCGGCAUCCAACUCGUCCCGAGGAGCGCGAAAAGCCACAGCCAUGUCCGGCCGGAGGGAAGUGGCUAUCGGCAUCGAUCUGGGCACCACGUAUUCGUGCGUGGGCGUGUUCCAACACGGCCGAGUGGAGAUCCUCGCCAAUGACCAGGGCAACCGCACGACGCCCAGCUAUGUGGCCUUCACCGACACCGAGCGGCUGGUGGGCGACGUGGCCAAGAGCCAGGCGGCCCUGAACCCGCAAAACACGGUGUUCGACGCGAAGCGGCUGAUCGGGCGCAAGUUCGCCGACGCGACUGUGCGGUCAGACAUGAAGCACUGGCCCUUUCAGGUGGUGAGCGAGGGCGGCAAGCCCAAGGUACGCGUCUCUCACCGCGGGGAGGACAAGGCCUUCUACCCCGAGGAGAUCUCGGCCAUGGUGCUGAGCAAGAUGAAGGAGACGGCGGAGGCGUACCUGGGCCAGCCAGUGAAGCACGCGGUGAUCACAGUGCCGGCCUAUUUCAGCGACUCGCAGCGCCAGGCUACCAAGGACGCGGGCGCCAUCGCGGGGCUCAACGUGUUGAGGAUCAUCAAAGAGCCCACGGCGGCCGCCAUCGCCUACGGGCUGGACCGGCGGGGCGCCGGAUAGCGCAACGUGCUCAUUUUUGACCUGGGUGGAGGCACCUUCGACGUGUCGGUCCUCACUAUCGAAGCUGGUGUCUUUGAAGUGAAGGCUACGGCUGGAGACACCCACCUGGGUGGAGAGCGCGACAACCGGCUGAUGAACCACUUCGUGGAGGAAUUCCGCCGGAAGCACGUGAAGGACUUGAUGGGGAACAAGCGGGCCCUGCGCAGGCUACGCACGGCCUGUGAGCGCACCAAGCACACCCUAUCCUCCAGCACCCAGGCCACCCUGGAGAUUGACUGCCUGUUCGAGGGCUUGGACUUCUACACGCCCAUCACUCGAGCUCGCUUUGAGGAGCUGUGCUCAGACCUCUUCCGAAGCACUCUGGAGCCCGUGGAUGCCAAGCUGGACAAGGCCCAGAUUCACGACAUCGUCCUGGUGGGCGGCUCCACCCGCAUCCCCAAGGUGCAGAAGCUGCUGCAGGACUUCUUCAGCGGCAGGGAGCUGAACAAGAGCAUCAACCCGGAUGAGGCCGUGGCCUAUGGGGCUGCUGUGCAGGCAGCAGUGCUGAUGAGAGACAAGUGUGAGAAAGUGCAGGAUCUCCUGCUGCUAGAUGUAGCACCCCUGUCCCUGGGGCUGGAGACAGCAGGCGGGGUAAUGACCACACUGAUCCAGAGGAAUGCCACCAUCCCCACGAGGCAGACCCAGACGUUCACCACCUACUCAGACAACCAGCCUGGGGUCCUGAUCCAAGUUUAUGAGGGUGAGAGGGCCAUGACCAGGGACAACAACCUGCUAGGGCGCUUUGAGCUCAGUGGCAUCCCUCCUGCCCCACGGGGAGUCCCUCAGAUUGAGGUGACCUUCGACAUUGAUGCCAAUGGCAUUCUGAAUGUUACAACCAUUGACAGGAGCACAGGCAAGGCUAACAAGAUCACCAUCGCCAAUGACAAAGGCCGACUGAGCAAGGAGGAUGUGGAGAGGAUGGUGCAUGAGGCUGAGCAGUACAAGGCUGAGGAUGAGGCCCAGAGGGACAGGGUGGCUGCCAAAAACUCCCUAGAGGCCUAUGUCUUUCAUGUGAAGAGCUCCUUGCAAGAGGAAGGCCUUAGGGAUAAGAUUCCUGAAGAGGACAGGCGCAGAGCACAAGGCAAGUGUCAGGAAGUCCUCGUCUGGCUGGAGCGCAACCAGCUGGCAGAGAAGGAUGAGUAUGAGCAUCAGAAGAGGGAGCUGGAGCAAAUGUGUUGCCCCAUCUUCUCCAGGCUCUAUGGGGGACCUGACAUUCCUAGAGGCAGCAGCUGUGGGGCUCAAGCCUGCCAGGGAGCGUCCAGUACUGGCCCUGUCAUUGAAGAAGUGGAUUAAAUAGCUCCUGGUGACAAGGCAGCUGUGACUGUCAAGACUGGCUUGUGGGCCCUCUAGACUGUGUUCUGUAAUACUGCCCUGUAACUUCAGGGGUAGGGGUGGGGAGGAGCUCCUGAAACAGGGAGAUUUCUUCUCAGUAUAUUUUAUAACUGAAGUCUCUGUCAUUUGACUUUUUUCACUUUAAUUCUCUUCUUCCAUUUCAAACAAGCAGGAGUCAUUAAUGUAUCAUUAAUAGUGCAGCUCUUUAAUGUGUGAAAAUUGUUUUCACCUACAUUUUGUGUAUUUUGUUACUUGCGUGUAUGGAUUAUGUCAUUUGAAAUAAAUAUCUAAAUAAGUUUUUAAAAUGCCUUCUUAGUUUUCAUUUCUGCAUAUUAAGUACAUGAAGGGGCUGAUUUUUCAGAAGCAGAAAAUGUUGGGGUCAGUGCUGAAAGAGGAAUGUGAAGAAAGAGGAAUGUGAAGAAAAUACACAAGAUUGUGUGCAUGAUUUCUAAAGGGGAAAACAGGAUAAGGGAAAGAGUUUGAGAUAGACCCAUUGAGACAGUAUUGAAGUGUGAGGGUUAGUAGAGAGGAGACAACUGUGGCUUAUAAUUCAGAAGACUCGGGGUGGAGAUGGAAUUGGAAAAGCAGAGAAUGAAGAGAAACUGAAGUCCUGGCAAGGUAACUACUCCCAUGUGUGACCGUAAGAUAAAAAGUCUAUUGGGAGCCUAGUUUAGUUCGUGAGUGUAUGUGUCCUAAUAACAUUGACAAAUAGUUUGCAUGCUGGUUAGCUGUCUCAAAUCAUGUCACUUGAUACAAUGUUCUUUGAGAGAAGAGAGUCCAAGUCCUGAACUCCGGGGAGUAGAAUAUUAGGGUAGGUCUAGUGGUGUGAUUAGGGUUACUAUUGACUUUAUCUAUGUAGGAGAAAUAGCAUGGCCCCAUCUGGUUUGUGCUAAUGGGCGCUUGGAUGAGAAUAACAGCAGCAACAGUAAUAAUAAUACCUACAUGAAACACAGUAUAAUAUAAUGGCUAUAUUGGAACCAGCCUGCAUGGAUUUUCAGCUCUGCCACUUUAUAUACUGUGCAAGUUCACCUCUCUGAGCUUCAGUUUCCCCUUCUAUAUACUCGGGAUGAUAAUAAUAAGAGUGCCUACUAGAGGAUUGUUGUGAAGGUUAAAUUAAUACAUGUAAGAGGAAAGAAGAGUGUUAGGCAUAAGUCAACUAUCAACAAAUAUUUGCUAUUACUAAAUAUUAUAAGUUGAGGUACUUGACAUACAGGAUAUAAUUUUAUCCUCACAGCAACAUCAUGGGAUAUUAUCCCUUUUUGAAGAAGAAGAUUCUGAGGUUCAAAGUGAUUAAACAACUUAUUCAGGGCCACAAAGCUGUUAAGUAGCUGAGGGUGGGGGUAGAGAGGGCUGACAUUAAGAAAUCUGACCAGCCUGAUUCUAGAGCCUAUCUAUUGUCACCCCACAAAUAGGCCAUAACUCCACUAAUUACCAGACCUUCCCCCAGGUACUGUGAAAUUGGACAUAUUCGUUUAGAAUAGUUGGAUGCUGAGCACUCAGAGAAAAAGUGUACAUUUUUUGGUACAUUUACAUUGUUAAGUGAAUAUUUGUGUGUUUUUAUAGCAAGUGACUAACCCUAGGAAAUAUCCUUGGGCUCAACUUUACUGCCAGUCAGCUAAAUGACAAUAUAAGAGCAAGGAUAAAUCUGCAUGACAUAAAUCUGCAAUCAUCUCAGAAAUAAAGGUAGGCUUGGACAGAGCAAUGCUACACGGUAUUUAGCUAAGGAUGAUCCCUUGCAAGUGGAGAGGAGGUUGUACUCACAACCCACUUGCCCAUGACUGUCAUUUCACAUUUUAACUGUUCUCUUUUUCUGAACCUGAACCAAGUCCUUUGCUGCCUGGCUUCACAAUGAAGGAAACUGCAACAAAGAGAUAGGGUAACAGGCACACUCUAUUACAUUCGUCCUUUCCUGAGUUUCGUCCCAAGUUCCAACAUUCACCAUUCCAACCUGUUUGCACUUUCCAACAGGAAUGAUGACACUUACUGGAUUUAGAAAUCGUAGCACUUCAGUAGUAUACCACAUUCUCUUUCCCUCCUUCCUUUCUUAAAAACACACAAACAAACAAAACACAUACAGUGUAUAAGAAGGAAAAUUUAUAGUGCUCACUUUUGAAAACAUCUCAGAUCCUCCCAUCUGGCUAGUACCUAUUUUUCUAUAGAGAGUGUCAUGGAUUGAAUUUAUGUCCCCCCAAAAUGUGUUUCAACUUGGCUAGGCCAUGAUUCCCAGGAUUGUGUGGUUGUCCUCCAUUUUGUGAUCUGAUGUAUUUAUCCUGUGUG